AGAAGUAUAUUUCUUUAAGUUAAUAGUUCUAAUAAAGUUUUGUGGAUAAAAGAAUAUAUUUAAUAAUAAAAUGGAUAAAUCAUUUCUUCUACGAAUUUGCUUAACAUUGUUUUACUUGUUCGUCAUACAAGCAGAUCAACAAGAUGUGACAAUCACUUGUGACUUCGAUUUGCCAAAUUUGGAGGAUAUGGUUUUGUACUUACCCGAAAAAUGUCAGGAAAUUUAUAACGAGCGCAAUACUCAAGAAGAACUCUUUAAUUUAUAUAUUGAAGAAUCGAAACAAUUUGGACAGUUUUUUGAGCAACUUGACACAUAUGAGAAAAGAAAUUCAACGAAUGAAGAAUUAACUGUUUAUCCAUUUGAGGCUAAGUUACGUCAAGAUAUAUACACUACUGCAGAUUUAACCAGUUGUUUGGCAAAAAAUGAGACCGAAGAGAUCUAUUUACAGUGCUUAAUAGAAAAACGUAAAGAACUAUUGAACGUUGUGCCAACAGUUUAAAUAAAAAUUCUUAGUACCUAACACUUAUAAAUUGACAAAACAAAAUUAAGUGAAGUGAUUUAUUGUGCUGUAUUAAUUACAAUACAAAGUGAAAUUUUAAAUGAUCAAAGAGAAAUUU